CAAUCAGCUUCUCUAACUAUGUCGGCGCCCCACGAGGAAGAGGACUUCGCGCCCACCGCUACUCCCGGGUACAAGCCAGCUGCUGUCAAGUCCUUGGAUGAGUAUGCGCAGCUUGAUGCCGAGGAUGAGAGCUUGGCUCGGUGGAAAGCAAGCCUUGGUAUCUUGCCCGGUGCUUCGACUUCGCCAGCUGUCGGACCCAAGGUCACCGUGGUGACCCUUGAGCUCGCAUCUCCCACUCUCCCUGCGGGCAGGAAGUUAUCAUUGGACAUCCAGGACCCUGCCCAGCUCGUGAACGUCAAGAAGAACCCAAUCACUAUCAAGGAGGGAGUGGAGUACAAUGUUCGCAUCACGUUCAAAGUAAACCACUCCAUCAUCUCUGGUGUCCGAUACAUGCAAGUCGUCAAGAGAUCUGGUGUGAGGGUGGACAAGAUGGAGCAGAUGCUGGGAUCGUACGGUCCACACCCCCAGGGAGAGGCGUAUACCAAGAAUUUCGACCCUGAGGAGUCUCCGUCGGGCAUGCUUGCGCGUUCGGGGACAUACAACGUCCGUAGCCGUGUUGUAGACGAUGAUGGUGAAGUGUAUGCCGACUGGGAUUGGUCAUUUAAGCUGGCCAAGGAAUGGUAAAGGAAGGUUUCGCGUGCGGGUUAUAUAGGUCUCCAUCAUUGUAUUCCCUUCAGGCAUAGUCUUUUGUUUUACGUACCGUGAUCACAACCAAUACGUCUCAGUUGCACAAACUUAUUCCCCUUAUGAUACGCUCGACCGUGCCUCUAGCUUGUCAUUUC